AUGGAGGUCACCCAGCCAUCAGUCGUCGAUGGUGAAGCGAGGCAGGCCAAAGCAUCCGACUUGAAUUUUCCUCCGAACUGGCGUCCGAAUUCACGCGGCAGGAACAGCGCCUUGGGAACUGAGCGGCCGUUCCGUCCGAACCGUGCCGCCCAUCUUGCUCCGAUUAACGACGGCAUAAUGCCACUGGCUCAAGAUAUCAUCAGUUCGGGCAGCGCGGCCAAGGAUCUGCGAGAUUGUUUCUCGAAGCCAAGUGGCUUGAUUGGAUGGAGCGCACGUCAAAGGAAGCACACUUGCUGCCUAUCUGCGGAAUCGCGGCGAAGCGAAACACCAUCGCAUGCGAUUUGGGUCAGGCAUGCUCCCAUGCUCCGAAUGCAAAAUGUCAGCUGA